CAAAGAUAUUUAUCAGGAAGUACGCCGCUCUAUGUUAAACACCGGCAAUAGAAUAAUGUCACAAGAAAAGGUAGAUGAAUCGAACAGUGAUAACUCAAAAAUUGAUUCCACGAAACGAAAAUUAUCUGAUCGUAGCGAAGACGAAAGCGUGAAGCGUAACAGAAGUGAAGAAUGCUGCGAUGACUCCACAUCCAGUUCGAGUUUACUGGAUGAGGUACCUAACAUUAGACCGGAAGUGGUGCAACCAAAUCUAUUAUUCGACAUGUUUUGUGUCGAUGGAUCAAUCUUUCGAAAGAGUAAACCUGUUCCUCCCAAUUAUCGAAUCCUCGUCAGAACAUCGAAAGAAUCAACUCUAACUGCUGCAGAAAUUGCUUAUUUAUAUCGUACACAACCAAAGCCAGCAGUGCCGAUACUUCUUAUGCUGAUUUCAGACACACUGUCCAUCCACUGUUUUCUUUACAAUUUUUACCGGUUACCAUCUAAGCUCAUAACGGUCUCAUUUCCAAGUUCAAAGCAAGAAGAUGUUACCAGUAAUGAAAAUUCUGAGUCGGAUGAUUGUUCGUAGUGUUAGUCGUUUCAAAGAUAAGAAGAUUCGUUAAUUCGAUCAAGGUUGAACAGAGAAUGGGCAAAAACCGAAAACGAAAAAAGCAGUUUUUUUCCACACCGUGUGUUAGAUUUUCAACAAGCUUAUGUAGAAUGUUGUUACAGUACUGCUAAUUGGUUUUUAUGAUGAUCAAAAAUACGGUGUGGAAAAAACAGCUUUUUUCGUUUUCGAUUUUUGCCCAUUCUCUGUUCAACCUUAAUUCGAUAAGAAAAUACGUUAAUUAGAAUAAAUAUU